UAAAUACAGUAUUCACAUUUAGACUUGGGAUUCCCUCUCUUUAUUCGCCCCUUUGCUUUGAAUUUGAUAGGGUUUCUGUUUCCCUAAACUUCCCGAAUUCAAAUUCCUCUCCGUUCUUCUCUGUCACCGGAAAACGGAAAAAUGCAACCUCCGAUCUGUAACCCUAGCCCUCAGAGCCACCUUGGAUUUCUCAAAACGCUUCUCAUAGACUCGAUCAAGCAGUUCUUAGUGCAGUAUCGGAGCGGACGAACCCAUUUCUCCGAUUUCGACUCCAUCUUCUUUCGCCUUCUUCACGAUCUUCCCGAGCCACCUCUUGAAAUCGUCUGGUUCUACUCCGCCAUCAGGUUCUACUCCUCGGAACUGGGCUUUCAAGGCGUUUCCGUUAGGUUAACUGGGAGCUUCUUCCAGUUGCUAGCUUCUUUGUCUGACUCAUUUUCCGGCGCAAAGAGGGUAGCUCUGUUAUCUCCUAUCGUUUACCAGCUGAGUCGUUUAGCUAAUGUUAGUAGGAGAGACGCUUCGAGCUUGUUAGAAGGGAUUGUAAGCUACAUUAGCAUGUACUGCGUCGAGGAACCAGGAGAUGAAGAUGAUUUGUUAAUGGUCUCAGGGCUAAGUUUUGCUGAUUUGAGUCGAGUCUGGGUUGUGGAUGGAGUGGAAGAGAAUCGAAGAGUAGAGGAUUGUUUGGAGAUCUUCAUGCCAUUUGUUAGCGAACGAUUGCGUAAAGAGAUGGAUUCUGAGUCCUGUCGCGUCGGUUUCUUAGCUGGAGUUGUAGCUUCUCAGGUUUGCUUGCUCAGUUUAUGCUUGAGAUUUGAUUCGGAGUUAAGUAGAUCCGAGGUAGAAAAAGAUCUGCGAGAAUCUGUGCUUCAGAUGAUUUCUGGGUUCCACAGUUGCUACUUCUUUGAUGUCAUUCUCAAGAUGCUGCUGCUUGAGCCAUAUCUGCGUCUAACUCCACUACUGGGUCCGGAAGAUGAAGCUGUUUUAACAGAAAUCAUAACGGAAGCUGUGAUUGAAUCAGUGGAGAAGCUAUUCCUAAACCCUGGAAAUGGCACUCCACAAAGAAGUUCACACUUGAAGAACGUUGCUAUUACCUGGUUAUUUCUUUUUGACAAGGCUUCUCUUAGGAGAAAUAAAGAUCAAGAGGAAACCAGCAGGUACAUGAACAUGUUCUCCAACUCACGUGUUCCUUAUCACUUGAUCAAUUGGGUAAUCAGUCAAGGUGAAGUGAUUAGAGAUGCAGACACGCUGAUAAACUCUACGCCCGCGUCAUUCAUUGAAUGGCUCGUAUCCCUUGAAGAGCAAGGACUUGGGGUUUUCGACUGUGACCAUUCUAAAAGCUAUGCCAAAACAGUGAUUCGCAGGUCAAGACCAGAUCUCAAUCUCGAAGCUCACAUUGCUGGUGAUCAAGAUGCAGACAUGGCUGAUGAUCACAUUGUCUCAUCUAUCCCAGUUCUCAGCAGCAGCACAAGAAAGCGUAAAGACGGGAGGCGUAAUAAGGAGGGAAAAACGAAAGUGAAGCUCUUCAAACAUAGACACAACAACAACCUUCAAGAGAACUCCAAAUUUCAACCUUUUCUCUUCUCAGAUAGUUUGGUGAAUGGGACUGAGGUUGAAGUUUCAGAUAUGGAGCUAUGAGUUCCGAACCACUUGUCAUAAAUAAAAUCGGCUUAAUAUGAAACCCAUAUAUAUGGUAGAGAUGUAAGAAUGCUGCUGAAGUAAUUGUUGUUUAGAGAUUAUAACAAGUUCAUAUCGUAAAAGUAUAAACUCUUUAAAGUCUUUAAGAUUAGUGGCGUCUUUGAUU